UCCAAGGGAAGUUCACCCGAAAUUUACAAGUGAUCAGAGGUAAUUGAGAAAACCCAGCUAAUAUAUUUAAUUAAGAGGAUGAUCAGAAGCAUUCCAAAGCAGAGAGAUUGAAUAUUUUGCUUAGAAAUGGAAAUCUCAUACUUCUUGUUGUUUGUGGCUUUCAUCAUAAACCUUGGAGAAUGCCAAAAUAAUGGGUGUGCUGAAUCACGGUGCGGAGGCCAUGGCCCACCCAUCCGAUUUCCCUUCCGAGUUAACAGCCAGCCAGAGCACUGUGGGUAUCCCGGGUUUACUCUCUCCUGCACCGAUACAAAUGAUACAGUGAUUGAGCUGCCGAUUUCAGUCAAGCUUUUUGUCAAACGGAUUGACUACAAAUCUCAGGUAAUUCAAUUAUAUGUUCCAAAUCAUUGCAUUCCAAGGCAGCUUCAUAAACUCAUUUUAUCUUCCUCGCCUUUCCAAUUCGAACAAGAUUCCCCUAUGGACCCUUCUUAUUAUGGCCCUGAUCCAGGCGUUGUCUUAUUCAAUUGUUUCCCAAGAGAAGUAAAAUUCAGGUUUAGCCCAAACAACCAGGUUUAUGCUUUCGAUAUGAGUGGUGACCUCAUGGACUACCCCCUAUCAUCUUGUACAAAGAUGUAUACUCUUCAAUCAAUUCCAAAUACUACAAUACUCGGUGCCGAUGAGAAAAGUCUUGAAUUGAAGUGGCCCAGACCAGUAUGUGGACACUGUGAAGCAAAAGGCAAGAAAUGCAGAUUGAAGAAACAUAGCACUAAAUUAGAAACCGAAUGCUCCCUCGAAGGUGCAUUAUCAAAGUUAGCGAUCACGGGAGAGUUGUCUUGACCAUUGGAAAUUCUUUUAUUAGUGAGAUAUAAACUAUUGACUCACACAUGUUUAUUACGCAGGUAUCACCUUAGGUUCAUUACUAUUACUAAUAGCUAUCUUUGCUCUC